AUGCGCUUUCUCACCUUUCUCGCGGCAGCUUUGCCCCUGACCACUGCCCUUCUCAACGCUGCCUCUUCUGAGAACGAGGAUUCUCUCCUCGAGGCGAGGAAUGUCCAGGAGCAACAGCGAUGUAACGUCGGCGGCUACGAUGGCGGCCGAUACCAACCACGCCAGGUCAUCCAGAAGAAAGCCUGUGAUGCUUAUACCUGCUCCACAUACUGCAAGCAGACUUCGUGGUGCAGAAGCUAUGCCCUCGGCCAGGAUUCCUGCCGAUUGUACGCCGCAUGCGUUUCGGGGAAUGUGAAGUCGACGCGCUAUGGCGGCUAUGCUCCCGCGUAUCACUUCUACGAUCGAUCUUGCCCGUGCCGCCCUGCUCCUCAGAAGACAACGACUACGACGACAUCGAAGUGCACUACGACGACGAAGAAGACUACGACUACGAAGAUGGGCACCACCACUCCGAAAACUUCGAUGAAGACUACCACGCCAUCGACGACUCCUUCAACAACGAGCAAGACUACGACCAAAACCACGACCGCAUCCAUAACGCCGCUCACAACGUCGCUCACAACGCCGCUCACAACGCCGUCCACAACGCCGUCUACUACCAUAUCCACAACGCCGUCUACUAGCCCAUCCACGACACCGUCAACUACUCCCUCCACGACACCGUCGACUACAGCGUCAACUACUCCGUGGACUACAGCGUCAACUACUCCAUCCACAACGACUUCAAGCACGACAACCUCGAAUGCAUACUACGUGGAGAGCCAAUCCGACCCGUACAGCCGAUACUCCUUCGGACUUCCCUCCGGUGCUUCCAGCUUCGUUAUUGACAACUCUGUAACCGGGUCUCCGAAUCUGCUCUUUGAUUCUUCUAUUGGAAUGUACCCGUAUCAUACUGGUCCAGGUACCAAUGUACUACAUGACACCCUUGCCAACAUCGAGGCUGAGGAACAGCGAACGCUCAUCGGAGGGUGCACACUUUCCGAGUCGAACGUCCUAAGCUGUGAUGUGCCAUCAGGCUCGUUCGUCAACAGCGAAGGCUUUUUCGCCGUGGCUGGUCGCAAUGACAUGGCCCUGAUCAUGACAGCUAUGUGCUCGCCUGCGGCCACCGCGCCGUCCACUACGCCGAGUACGACUCCAUCCACUACGACUUCCACGACUCCCAGCACCACGUCCAGCACCACAACCGCAGCAAGACCCGUCGUCACUUGCACGGACGGGAAUACCGCGCAAUGUUAUGAAGGUUCCGGCAAUGCGCAGACCUGCGACUGUUACAACCAGGCAAGCGCUAGCAAUGGUGCUGGAUAUUGCAUCGACACCAGCCAAGAGUGCGAUGCAGACUGCGCUACCGAUGCGGACUGCAACAACGCGGACCAGGGCGUGCGAUAA